UUGAGUUACGGUGUACCUUCCUGGAGUUUUAAUGUUUGGAAUUCCUCUGGAACUUUACUUAAGCUUGAAGAGAUUCGACGGAUGUGUUUUAUUCAAAUUACCACAGAGGAAUUUUAUUCAGUCAUAACUCAACAGGAGCAUCCAUUAUUUCAUAGGCCAUACUUCAUAAUGCAUCCAUGCCACACAGCGCAACUGCUAACAGAGUUCAAGAACAAAUCAAGAAAUAUUAUAGUCACAUUUUUAGGUCUUAUUUCACCUUUGUUACAGCUUAAUUUGGCAUUAGAGUAUGGUUUGUAA